AUAAUAUAUAGUAUAUAUUUAUUAAUUUAUUAAGAUGAAAUAUUAGUCAAUUGUUUACAAGCAAGAAUUAAGGAUAACGAACCUGGAACGGAACCGACCUUGAUUUUGAACAAUGACGUCAUUACAAACGGGUUUAUUUGACGACAAGUCUUGUGUGGAUGAUUUACUGGAUUCAAACUACCUGAAACUGCCUUUCUGUGAUGAGGACUUAAAAGACUUCAAAGAGCUAGCCGGACAAUUCUGGGGCAGCGAGGAUUUAGAAGACGACACAUACGAUAUCCAGUAUCACCAUGGACUCGCUUCCCCUGCUUCCGAGUCGUAUUGUCUCUCUCCCACCAGCUCGACCUCUAGUGGCCAAACCACGGACAACACACACUCGUUGUUGAACGAACGACCUGACACCCCACUUAUGGCUGUGAAGUUUGAAGAUUUUUCCAAUGAUUAUGGUUUAAAUGCGAUUGGAUUCCCGAGCUUUGAGAAUGAUACAGACGGCCAAGAAGAUUCGAUUGGUUUGAAUUUAACAAUGGAACCAGUGGAUAUGAUUGUCUCUAAACCCACAAGUGAUUUGAAAACCGGAUCUGAACGAACAUACGAUUGCAGUUUUGCGUCUAACGUGACAAACAACAAUAUGAUCACGAUUUCUAAAGCUGAGGAUGGAACGGCAUUGAUCAAACAACCGAAUAAGGAAACACCAAUGGAAUUCAGCGUUUGUAGUGAGACACCUAGUGUUGAAGUCAUUGACACCCAAUAUAUAACGGACAAACCAACGAGCAUCAAACAAACGACCAAACCAACAGCCGAUGAAUUGAUUGACAUCAGUGAUCUUAUCAAGAUACCAACAGUCACAACUGCACAGAAACUAAAGCUAUCACCGACCCAAACAAAGUUGGCUACUAAUACCUUCACACACAAGGCUCAGAUACAAAUACCAACUGCAGCUUUGCAAACUAUACUGAAGAAUGGAAGAUUGGUAACAACACGUUUGUCGAGUGACAUCACAGGUUCGAAGAUUAAAAUAAAAAAUGAAAUCGAUAACGAUUUGACUUUGAAACUUACUUCUGUACGGCAUGACCUCCCCCCUACCCCGCCUAGCAGUGCCAGCAGCGACACAGAAGGGUCCAACAGCCCCCGAUCGGUGGGUACAAGCGGGUCACCGGUGUGCCAUCUUCGUGUAUCGCCUCACUCAACCAGUUUGACAAGCCAACUUAUCUCUUCGACUCAGCGUUACACCCAAUCGCAUGGCACUCUUAUGUUAACGGAAGAUGAGAAAAGGACGUUGGUCGCUGAAGGUUACCCAGUACCUGCUAAACUACCACUCACUAAAAGUGAAGAAAAGUCGUUGAAAAAGGUUCGACGGAAAAUCAAGAACAAGAUUUCCGCACAGGAAAGCCGACGGAAAAAGAAAGAAUAUGUGGAGACGUUGGAAAAAAGGAUGGACGUAUAUAACAGGGAAAACACCGAGCUACGUCACAAACUUGAUUCACUUGAGAGCAGUAACCGAUCUCUAUUAAGUCAAUUGAAGUCCUUACAAGUGUUAGUUGCCGGCAGCAUCCCGAAACCUUCCAGGACCGUUAACACUCAGACCAGCAGUUGUUUAAUGAUGCUUGUUCUUUGCUUUGCGAUUUUCCUCGGAGGGUGGUUCCCCCAUCUUUCCCCCAUAAAUUCGGGGUUCUCCGCGAUUACGUCAUUUGGGAAAGCUUUCAACAAUCAACCUGAACCAAAUUGGAGGUCACGUGUCUUGAUGCCGGAAGUCAAGUGUGACGGUUGCCAUGGUUACGACAAGUGGAGCAACGGAGACCAAUCAGCGAUCGAUAAAAACGCGGAUGCAAUCGAGCCGGGUGACACAUACGACGAACCGGCAGGUGGCGGUAGCACAACAAACGAUACUGGUGACGAAACAAGCAAGAUUAUCGCGAACACAAUGGAAGCGAGGACAGCUGCUGAUAUAUUAGCAAGUCGCAAGGUAGCGGUGCAGGGCAGCAAAAUGAAAGUUGUCGGUGACGUAGACGGCCCGUAUGACGUCACAAAGAAAGUAAUCGCGAGUCACCUUGUCGCCGAGUGACGUAAUCAACCUAUGACGUCACCACCCUCUGUACAAAUGCUUUUAUCAUAGGUUGCCAUAGCGACCCAUGUGUAUACACCUGUACAGACGAUUUUGUUUUUGUUUCGAAAGUUGCUUCGCCGGGCCUCGAACCCGGUAACUUUCGACUUAAACUCGCCAACGGAUUUCUGAUUUGUCGAACCUGGACUAAAAUAUCAAUGUUUAAAUUUACUGACCUUAAACAACUUUUAUUUCUUUUAUUUUGCGUCGACCAUUGCGCAUGCGCGAACCCUAUUGCGCAUGCGCAAUCUCGCUAUUGUUAUUUUGCGCGUUUUCUAGUUUUGAAACAAAAAUCCAUUUUUUGUUUGACGGGCCAAAAUACCCUUUUGUUACGUGUUGCUGGUUAAUUAUGACGUCAUACUCGUUUAUCGCAUAAUAAGGCUUAAUAAUUAUGAUGUCAUAAUCGUGUAAUAGUGCCAUCUAAAAACUCUUUGUAAUUGAACAAUUAAUUUCUCGCCCUCGCUUUUAUUUUUAGAGUGCCUUUUGUGACGUCAUUGCAAAUCGUUUGCAACUGUCGACGAACGUUGAUGACGUCAUAUUAACGUUAAUGACGUCAUAAUACUGUUUUUCGUUCGAGACCAGGGGGACAACCGUGCAAUGAAAGUUAUAAUGUGUAAAUAAUAAUCCAUAGAUAGUAACUAACACUGCUAUGCAGUUCAGUUCAACCAAGUGGUGCCUUUGUUCGUUCACAAUGUAUUACUACGUCAUACGGGAAUUCCCCACCGCCAAGAGACUGGCUUCGUGAAUAAAUAAGCUACGUAUAUUGUAAA